GAAAGGAAAAGGGGAACUACGGAGUGCGUCACACCCGGAAGCAGAGAGCCGGAAGUGGGGUUGGACAGGUUAUUCCCCCGGGUGGGGAAGCGGAGGCCCAGGAGGAGGGGAAAAAAGAAGGUGGAGGAUCCUGGCUGCUACUCUGAACCCGAUACCGAUUGUCUUAGACCCCAGAGACACAGAAAGGGAAGGGCGUCUCCUCCCCCUUCUUCCCCUCCUCCCUCUCCUCAGCCUUAGCCAUGGCCGAGGCAGGGGCCGGGCUGAGUGAGACCGUCACUGAGACAACGGUUACCGUGACAACCGAGCCUGAGAACCGGAGCCUGACCAUCAAGCUUCGGAAACGGAAGCCAGAGAAAAAGGUAGAAUGGACGAGUGACACUGUGGACAACGAACACAUGGGCCGCCGCUCAUCAAAAUGCUGCUGUAUUUACGAGAAACCUCGGGCCUUUGGCGAGAGCUCCACGGAGAGUGAUGAGGAGGAAGAGGAGGGCUGUGGUCAUACACACUGUGUACGGGGCCACCGCAAAGGACGGCGUCGUGCAACCCCAGGACCGAGCCCCACCACCCCUCCCCAGCCUCCUGACCCCUCCCAGCCCCCUCCAGGGCCAAUGCAGCACUAAAUUCCUCUCUCCCCCACCAUUCCUGUGUCUGUCUGGCCCUGAAUGUAUUCAUGUGGCUACCUGGGGACUAAACCCAUGGUUUGAUCCCUCCUCCAGUCCCCUCCUCCCCUCUCCUCUGCCUGAUGGAGGGAAGAGGGAGACGAGGGUAGACAGAGAUCCUGGAAUUCUGACUUGCUGCUAUUCCAGAACCCAGACUUCUGGGUUCCCCCAGCCCUCAUUUCUCCUUCCAGUACUCAUCCUCUAUUCUCCAGGGAUCCAGACAUCUUGGUCCCAGUCUUUCCCCCUUGUUCUCACUGCCAAACUGCCUGUCCUGGGAUCCAGUUAUCUUGGCCCCUUGCAUUCUCUCCUUGAGUCCCAAACACUUAAGUUGGGUUUUCAACAGCCCCAGCUUUCACUGCCAGGGUCCCAGUCGGAUUUGGGGCAGUCUUGCCCCAGCUAUGCUUGUUAAUCCUGGCUUCGAGCUCUUCCAGUAAUGUAUUUAUAUAAUCCGAACUCCUAGUCCUUGCCUGUGGGAUGUGAGGCCUGUGGGAGACCUCAGGGCUCCCAGGGGGCUCCCAGCCCUUCCCCUCUCCUGCCCUCCCCUCCCCCCCUCAUGUCCUCCAGAGGAGUUGGGAGAGAGGUCUUUGCUUUCUCACCGUUAAUGGGAAAUAGAAAAGGAAAUAGUCAUGGCCUCUCCUCACCGUAUGAUACAGGAUUUCCAACAAAGCCAGCUUGAAGACUGGUCACUUAGAGCCAACUAUCUCCUCCGUCUUCUGGCCUCAGAGACAGAUCCAGCAUAGUGCCAGGGCCCUGGGUGAGGAAGGAAAAGAGAGGGAGCAAAGAGAUGGGGGUGUGUCCCCUAUAGUACUCAUACCCCUUCCUUCCUAGGCUUUGAUGUGUCUGCCAGCCCAGAUGUCCAGCUCUCAGCCCGCCCCACUCCUUACUGGGAUCUUGACAUCAUUUUCUAGGCCUCUUGCCAUGCACAGUUGCAGAGAUGAGUCAAAUCCAUACCACCACUGAGAUCUCAUUUAUUGCCACAGAUGCACAAAAUAAAUAACCCAGCAUCACAAAAUGUGUUAAA